AUGACUUACCUGCAAGAUCAACUUAUCGAUAUUGAAGGUGUGCGGAUCUAUGGUAGUCCAUGGCAUUCGAAACGUUGGUUUGUAUAUCGAUCUAACGCUUUCGGUUAUAAAUCUAAACGUAUCCGUGCACAUAAAUGGAGACAGAUUUCAGAAGAUAUCGAUAUACUUCUUACACAUAGUCCACCGUACAGUAUUCGAGAUUUUAAUCCAUCGAAUAAAGAGCAUUUAGGUUGUGCCGACUUACUCGAUGAAAUUGUUACAAGAGUGAAACCUCAUAUUCAUCUUUUCGGUCACUUGCAUGAUGGUCUUGGUGGAAGUCUAUAUAAAAGUGAAGAAAAUCGAGCGUUAGAAGGAAACAAUUCUGCGCCAUCAUCUCACGAUAUUCUCUUCGUCAAUUUAGCUGUUGACCAAAGUGCACUACUUGCUCAACCAGUCGUGAUCGAUUAUUUCUAUUGA